UAAGACACCAUUUGCAAUAAAGGAUCCCAAAUUCCCAAUUGUUGAAAUAGAGCAAUAUAGCAGCCCAUCUCUAAAUAAGGCCAACUAGAUUUCUUGCAUAUGUAGCUGUAGUUGUGGCCAACCCACCCCGGGGUGGGGGGCUGGGUGGGGUGGGGGGCAUAGACAGACAAGACAGAAGAUAGAUAGACAAGAAUAUUGGCAAUUUGAAUGAUCUUUUUUCGAGAGCUUUCCAUAAAAGUCAGAAGGAAAAUGAAUUCCUGGUAGCUUAGCUGUGCCUUCCACCCUACCCAUAUGCCCAUAAAAGUUGUCUCUUUCCUCAUUCAAUCCUACCAAAGUUAUCAGCCAUCUCUUUAUUGUUCCUACAAGCACUAUGUUUAACUAAACAUAUUCUCAGAGGUACAUCCCCAUAAAAACACACAGAAGCAUCACCAAUUAAACACCUCAAGUACACAAAAACUGGACUUACAGAAGCUGCCACGAUGAAGAUUCAAUGCGACGUUUGUGGGAAAGAAGCAGCGUCCGUAUUCUGCACCGCAGAUGAAGCCGCCCUCUGCCAGAACUGCGACAACAGAGUUCAUAACGCCAAUAAGCUGGCUAGCAAACACCCCCGUUUCUCUCUUCUUAAUCCUCAGUUGAAAGAAUCUCCGCGCUGCGACAUUUGCCAGGAAAGACAAGCAUUACUGUUCUGUCAAGAAGACAGGGCUUUACUUUGUCGAGAAUGUGAUAUACCAAUACACAAGGCCAACAAACUCACCAAGAAGCAUAACAGGUUUCUUCUAACUGGGGUCAAGCUUUCUGCAGCCGUUUCUACACAUCAAGGUGCUACAUCGUCCAGUGGAUCGCAAUCUGAAAGAGAGAUCAAAACUUCAGUCGCUAAUGCAAGCUCAAAUGCAAAUUGUUCAGAGACGUCAUCUAAUCCUGUGAGGGGGAAUGAGACGAGCCUACCCCUCAGUGAGCAAGCUUCAGACUCGACCAGUAGCAUAUCGGAGUACUUAAUAGAGACUAUCCCCGGUUGGCAUGUUGAAGACUUGAUGGAUCCUUCUUCCCAUUAUGGUUACUAUUGAUGAGAAGGUCACAUCUUUAUCAAAUGAAUAAUCCAGAUCAACCUCGGGUUUUUUCAUCAAAAGGCAUGUACAAGAUCAUGUUCAAAACACAAGAGGUACAAGGAUUUAGGAUAAAUAUGGUUUUGAUAUCCCAAGUCAGGUCACAAUCAGUCAACAUGUGAAAGGAUUUGGAGAAUAACGACAGGAGGAAAGCCUCUACUGGUUAUUCCAUGUCUAUUUAAUCUUCUUUUUUUCUCAUUCUGUGGUCCCUCCUUGCCGCUCUUUGUUAAGUAACCAAGUAAGGCACAAUCUAAUGACCUAAACUGAAUUCUUCUAUCCUUUUGUUUGCAGCUCCUCUUAAAGAGGAUAGAUGUAUUUGAUCAAAACCCUUUUUCCCCCACACCAAUCUAAGUGGAAAGGUUUAUUUUGUGUUUCCAGCUAAAAAUUUAUUUAUUUUUGGUCGAGCUACCGCUACUCCAAACUAGGUUGCAAAUGACUUGUGAGUUUCUUUUUUUUGCACACAGAAUUUGUUGCAACUUUCUGUAUCUCCCUUAUCAACUUAUCCACAUAGACAAGAUAUGGAAUUAGGUUUAACCCUGGAAACAAUCUUUCUAAAGUUGAACAUACCUCUAAUAAAAAUACAGUACAUAUUAUGUAGUAACCUUAUAAUUACACUCGCACUUGCACUAGAUUGCAUAAGUUUCAUUAGUGCAAGCUCUCAUACUUCUAAUUAAUUAUCAUCUAGAAAGAUCAUUAUUAGAGCACUACCUCCCGUGGCAAUAAAUCACAAUAAAUACCUUACCCAGUCAAAUCGAAAUGUUUGCAGGCAUAUCUAAAGUCGGCAGAGAAUUAUUAUUUUUUAUCUUUUUGGAGAAAUCAACAGCAUUAACUCAGUGGCAAAUAAACUGUCUCCGAUCUCUGAAUUCUGAAGUCUAAUCGAAGAAGUUAGCUUAUACAAACAAAAAAAUACAGUCAUGUAAUCCAAAAGUACAAGACUAGGACCGAAUUUCUAACAAAAUAGAAACUGUGAGCGGCAAUCAUAAUAGUCCAACAGAUGCGCAAUCAAACAUAAAACUGAAGCAGCUAGAAAACAAGCCAUUAAAUAAGUAUCAGACGACAUCCAAAAAAUAAAAUCAGCAGAGAAAAAUCAUGAGAAAUCAUCUCUAAUCGCUAAAUUGGCAAUGGCAAAUACCUUAUGA